AUGCGGGGGUGUGCUGUUGUGAGUUGCCCUAAUUGUAACGUUAAAACUUCAAAUAAUGUAACUUAUCACCGAUUUCCGGCAGAUGAAGAAAUUCGUAAAAAGUGGUUAGAAAAAUGUGGCAGAAAUCUGCAGUUCGAUUGUUCAAGGUCUAGAGUGUGUUCAGAGCAUUUUACGAGUGAUGAUUUCGAAAGGGAUUUGCAAGGUGAACUUUUAGGUCAGCCACUAAAAAAACGUCUAAAGAAAGGUGUUGAACCUCAUUUAAAUAUAGUAGCAAUUAAGCAGGAGCCACUGGAUCCUGAGGAGACAGUUGAUGAGCAUCCAGGUCUAAUAAGAGUGGAACGCGUCUUUCCUGUAAGUCUCCAAUUUGUAAUUAAUGUUGUAACUGUUGUUUUCUAA